AUGGCGCGAGGCACAGCGCGAGUGGUGCAGCAGGCGAGGGAGGUGCGACCGCCGACGACGACGCUGCAGCUGGGCGUGGGCAUGGUGGUGGUGGCCGUGCUCGCCAAGCUCGCCAUGCUUGUGAGUGCCGUGGGGUGCCAUGGGGAGGGGCAUGGGCGCUGCAUGGGGCGUGAGUGGGCGCGUGCAUGGUGGUGGUGGCCGUGCAGGCCAUGCUCUUGCCACGGUGCGGAGUGGGAUGCGAUGGAGAGUGGUAUGGGGAGUGGUAUGGGGAGUGGUAGGGGAAGUGGUAUGGGAAGUGGUACGGGGAGUGGUAUGGGGAGUGGUAUGGGGAGUGGUAUGGGGAGUGGUAUGGGGAGUGGUAUGGGGAGUGGUAUGGGGAGUGGUAUGGGGAGUGGUAUGGGGAGUGUUAUGGGGAUCCAAGGAGAUGGAGAGAGUGGCAUGGCAAGCCAUUGCACUUACCACUUUGCGUCUUCCCCUCCCCUCCUCUCCCCUCCCCCUGACCCUUAUGACGAGUCAAAGGAGACAGAGAGAGUCGCGCGGCGGGCGAGGCGAUUUGCAGAGGAGCAGGAGGAACUGGAGGCGCUGAGUCGGGAGGAGUGGGAUGCGGUGAAAGCGGCGCGGCCUCAGACGCCCUAUGAGAGCGCAUUGACUCGCUCAGGGGCACGCAUCCGCACGGGAUCAUGGCCGUCCAUGGUGGGUGGGGUUUGA